GAGCUCCCCUUCGUUUGGUGUUUAGGUUUGGCCUCUGGGCUCCAACGUUUCCGCCGUAAUAAGAGAGGGAGGAGGUAGAGAAAGAGAAUCUCUGUCGUCGAUUCACGUCUCCUUUGAAGGAAAAGCUGUUCCUCCUUGAAAGCCGAAGCGAGGUUUAGCUAUGGCGAAUAGAAUUUGCAGGUCUCAAUUUAGGAAUGCUGCGGUGCAGAGGCUCAAGUCAUUGUUAUCUGGCGACGCCGCCAGCAUCGGUAUCCGGCAGUUGAGUUCCGGCACCAGCCAGGCCUCCGGGGCAGCGAAAGCUACUUCGGCCACUGCAGGACCCGCUUCCAGUGCUCCAUAUCCUUCGAAGAAGGGAAGGCUUUUGACCGGAGCCAUGAUUGGUAUGGCAAUAGCAGGAGGAGCAUACGUUAGUACUGCAGAUGAAGCGACAUUUUGUGGGUGGUUAUUCACGGCUACAAAACUUGUGAACCCAUUGUUUGCUCUGUUAGAUCCAGAAGUUGCACAUCAUUUGGCUGUUUUAGCUGCUGCUCGGCGCUUGCUUCCUAGGGAGAAAAGGCCUGACCCAGAGGUACUUGGUCUGGAAGUAUGGGGCCGAAAAUUUAGAAAUCCCAUCGGACUUGCUGCUGGUUUUGAUAAGAAUGCUGAGGCAGUUGAAGGUUUACUUGGGUUAGGAUUUGGUUUCGUUGAAAUUGGUUCAGUUACUCCUAUGCCACAGGAGGGCAAUCCAAAGCCUCGGAUAUUCAGACUACCAAAGGAGGGUGCUAUAAUAAAUCGAUGCGGAUUCAAUAGUGAAGGUAUUGUGGUUGUUGCUAAACGUCUCGGUGCCCAGCAUGGAAAAAGGAAAAUGGAAGAAACAACAAGUACUUUAUCUUCAUCUAAGGAUGAUGUGAAGCAGGGAGGCAAAGCUGGUCCUGGAAUUCUUGGCGUCAAUAUUGGCAAGAACAAGACAAGUGAAGAUGCUGCUGCAGAUUAUGUUCAAGGAGUUCAUACCCUCUCUCAGUAUGCUGACUACUUGGUGAUCAAUGUUUCAUCACCAAAUACUCCUGGACUUCGUAAACUUCAGGGGAGGAAACAACUUAAGGAUCUUAUUAAGAGGGUUCAAGCUGCUCGUGAUGAGAUGCAAUGGGCAGAGGAUGGUCCACCGCCAUUGCUUGUGAAGAUUGCUCCAGAUUUGUCAAAACAAGAUCUUGAAGACAUUGCAGCAGUGGCUCUUGCACUUCGCUUGGAUGGAUUGAUCAUAUCAAACACAACCAUUUCGAGACCAGAUCCUGUAAAUAAUCAUCCUUUAGCUAAAGAAGCUGGUGGUUUAAGCGGAAAAACGCCGCUCUUCGAUCUUUCGAUGGGCAUGCUUAGGGAGAUGUAUAUUCUUACCAGGGGAAAGAUCCCACUUGUUGGUUGUGGAGGUAUUAGCAGCGGCGAAGAUGCAUACAGAAAGGUUCGAGCUGGUGCAACACUUGUACAACUCUAUACAUCCUUUGCUUAUGGUGGACCUGCGCUAAUCCCCCAGAUGAAGGCUGAACUGGCAGCGUGUCUUGAAAGAGAUGGUUUCAAAUCUGUCCAGGAAGCUGUAGGUGUGGAUUGCAGAUAGCAAGGACUCAAUGGAAGACUUCAGCAUAAGAGAAAUUUUUCCAUUGGCUUUCCUUCAUCUUAUGCAUUCAUGGGUAUAAAAAGUGAGCCCAAUUUAUUAUCAGAGAUGUCCGGCAAGCUUUCUCCUGAUUCAAGUUACAACAAAGCCUGCUCCAAUGUAAUUUUUUGAUUUUUGAUUUUUUGCUUAUAUGUUUUCCAUCUCUACCUUGUAAAGUUUUGCCCGAAAUGUAGAGCUCAGUUUUGCUUUUAGAAAACUGCAAGUUCUUUUAAAUUUUA